AUGGACCUGCUGCACAGUGCUGGAGUGCAGGUGGUGCAGUACCUGCAGGAGAACUACCAGGGCUCCCAGGACUGGUUCCUCUUCAUCUCCUUCGCUGCCGACCUUAAAACCACCUUCUUCAUCUUCUUCCCCAUUUGGUUCUACCUCUGUGAGGCGGUGGGCGUCAAGCUGAUCUGGGUGGCCGUGAUCGGGGACUGGUUCAACCUGGUCUUUAAGUGGUGCCUCCGCGGCCUCCUAUGGCUUGUGUUCUGGGCCGUGCAGGUCUGCGUCUGCUUGUCCCGAGUCUUCCUAGCUGCUCACUUCCCCCAUCAGGUGAUUGCAGGUGUCAUCUCAGGAAUGGUAGUAGCAGAAGCAUUUGACCACAUCCACUCCAUCUACAACGCCAGUCUCCGGAGGUACCUAGGCACCACCCUCUUCCUGUUCAGCUUCGCCCUGGGGUUCUACCUGCUGCUGAAGGCUCUUGGUGUUGACCUGCUGUGGACCCUGGAGAAAGCCAAGAGGUGGUGUGACCGGCCAGAGUGGAUCCACAUUGAAACCACCCCCUUCGCCGGCCUCCUUAGGAACCUGGGCAUCCUGUUUGGGCUGGGGCUGGCCCUCAACUCCCAGAUGUACCUGGAGAGCUGCAAAGGGAAAAUGGGUCAGCAGCUGCCCUUCCGCCUGAGCUGCAUCCUGGCCUCGCUCCUUGUCCUGCACCUCUUUGACUCCUUCGACCUCCCGACAGACAGAGAGCUACUGUUCUACGUCCUGUCCUUCUGCAAGAGCGCCGCUGCCCACCUGUGUGCUGUGGCACUCAUCCCCUACUGCAUUGCCCAGGUGCUCAGGAGGGGCGACAAGAAGAUCCUGUAG